AUGUACCGCCCAAGGGCGACCACUUCGGCGAUCAACCCUGCUAUAUACAUCCCAAACGCGCGAUACACCGGCAUCCGAACUUCUCUCUCGCCAACCGCCCUCCCAAGCUAUGUCUUCGCAAUGUACGCCUCUUCCCUCCCCUCCCCUCCCCUAUCUGACUGGCACACAGCGAACACCGACGCUGGCCUCGGGCUCGACGCUGUCGCGCCCGGAUCCAAUGUCUCUACGUCGAUUGCGCCUAGCUCGGCGCCCCCCGCUGCUCAGCCCCCCGCUAGCGUCGCUUCUGCAGCGUCCUACGACAGCGAUAGCUCGGACGACAUCGACAUCAUCAUGGACCACAUCCACGGCGCACCCGCCGUCGCCGCUCCUCAGCCGGUGGCUGCGUACGCCGCCCUCGUUCCUGCCAACAUGCCCCCUCUGCCCGGGAUGGUUGGCGGCGGCCCAGCGGGCAUCUUCGGCCCCGUUGUCGUCACCGAUCCCGCCGUCAACCAGGUCGGGCAAGGCUACGUCGUGACCCCGGAUCACGACCUCCAUCUGCCGACGUACUUCUGGCCUCCCGGGCCUAAGUACUACGCUGUGACGAGGGGCCGCUAUGUUGGUGUUUUCAACAGCUCCGCGCUGUUUACGAUGGCUAUCUGUGGGGUGUCGUCCCCCGUGUCGCGCGCCACGCGUGACCUUCAGGAUGCGCUCGACUUCUUCAACGCCGCGCGCCGCGCGAACAUGCUCGAGAUCACGGGCUAG